GCUCUCUCCACAAUCUGCAAUUGCUGCUCUUAGCCCAUUUUCGUCUUCAACUGAAUCCCAAAUCCCAAACCUGGAGGACCAAACUGACAUGCCACCACCAUCUCCAUUGACCGCUCCUCCCUCUAUACUCCUCCAGGUGGUUUUCCAGUUCCGAAGUGGACCAAUCUCAGUUGCAGAGUGUACGGAAGAACAUUUAACAAAUCCAAAGGCUGGAUACCACAUUAACCGGGAUGUCUUUGGAGCAAAAGGUGAUUUUAUAACAUCUCCUGAAGUAAGCCAGAUGUUUGGAGAGCAAAUGGGACAACCAACCAGAGUUAACCUGGUUGAGCUGGGCCCUGGACGAGGAACUCUCAUGGCAGAUCUUCGUCAUGGUGCCUCAAAAUUUAAGAAAUUCACUGACUCCUUGCAUGUACACAUGGUAGAUUGUAGUCCAACAGUGCAGAAGCUUCGGCAUCACAGCUUGAUAUGCACAGAAGGAGAUAAUAAUAAUGAAAAUGUUGAGAAAAGAACUAUAAAGUAUAAACACACUAGCCAGAACUCCUGUGUCAUGGCAUACUACACUGGAACAUGUUCCAUCAGGAUGUCUGGUGUUACUCUCGGAAUUGCUUUUCACUGAAAACAAGCAGCUAAGCAUAGUCAUAUGAGUAUAUUCACCUAGCAGUUCUACCUAGCAGUUCUUGCAAAAUGAUUAGGAUGAGCUUAUAUAUGGCAUAUGCUUUAUACAUCUUAAGAGUUAAAUGAAAUGAUUUGCUCUCUUCAUCCCUUUUUGGUUUUUGUUUGCUUUUGUUUCAGUGCCAACAAUCAUCAUCGCACACCAGUUUUAUGAUGCUUUGCCAAUUCAUAAAUUUCAGGUUUGAUU